AAUAACAAAGUUAGUAGUGUAAGUGUUUUCCUAAUUUGGUUCUCUUCUUUCACCUGCAUUAGUUGUGAUAAUAGGCUCUGUACUUUGUCCAUGGAGUCCACUACCCUCUCCCAUAGCCCCUCAGAGCUUGGAGAUCACAGUGAUCUUACAGUUCAUGUGUUCAAUUCAUCAUCUGAGUUGCUUGAAAAGCUUCAUCAAAGAUGGAGCACAGUGGAGAAAAAACCAUACCCGGCUAUGUAUUCUAGCAUAUAUGGAGGGAUCAUACUUGAUCCAGCUAUGAUGGUAAUCCCGAUCGAUGAUCACAUGGUACAUAGAGGCCAUGGUGUGUUUGAUACAGCCAUUAUUUUAGAUGGAUACCUCUAUGAGUUGGAUGUACACCUCGACCGCAUCCUCAGAUCGGCCGCCAAAGCAAAGAUAUCCUUGCCUUUUCCUCGGUCAACGCUUCGCAGCAUUCUUAUACAGCUAAGUGCAGUCUCAAAAUGCAAGAAGGGGACUCUAAGAUACUGGCUAAGUGCAGGCCCUGGUAAUUUCUUGCUCUCAUCAUCAGGGUGUCCAACACCUGCAUUCUAUGCAGUUGUCAUUGACGACGAUUUUUCCCAGUGCAAAGAAGGAGUUAAAGUGAUCACUUCUACAGUGGCAAUGAAACCACCUCUGUUUGCCACAAUGAAGAAUGUGAACUAUCUUCCCAAUGUCCUUUCAGUAAUGGAAGCUGAAGAGAAAGGAGCAUUUGCUUCCAUUUGGGUUGAUGAGGCAGGUUAUAUAGCCGAAGGUCCAAAUGUGAAUGUUGCUUUUAUAACUCAAGAAAAGGAACUACUCAUGCCAUUGUUUGAUAAUAUUUUACAUGGUUGCACCGCUAAGAGGCUUCUAGAACUCGCUCCGCAGUUGGUGGAGCAAGGGAUUCUGAAAGGGGUAACAACCAAGAAUGUGACUUUGGAGGAAGCUAAAGGUGCUGCUGAAAUGAUGUAUGUGGGAAGCACACUUCCUCUGUUGCCCAUCAUCAUGUGGGAUGAUCAACCCAUUGGCAAAGGACAAGUUGGGGAAUUAACAAUGGCACUCUCUGAUUUGCUAUGGAAUGAUAUGGUAGCAGGCCCAGACACAAAGAGAAUACCAGUUCCAUACAUUGAGUGAAGCUUCAAACUUGUGUGAAAUUAAAGGCUUGGUGGAACUGCUUUCUCCUUAUUUAUCUGUCAUGUUCCUCAGAAGUGCUUCUUGUUGCAUAGAAUUUGCCAAGAGGUGGUUUGUUGUAUUUGUAUUUGGUGUUGGUGUUCUAAGUAUCUGUGAACAAGUUUGGAAGUGAAGCUGCACAAGUUUCCUCUCUGAACAAAAUUUAUAUGCUGCAAAUAAAUGCAUUCAACUCUUUCAUGUUUCA